GUCCUACCUGUCGAAGGAAAUCAAACCACAACAUGUGUUUCUCAGAUGUCUUGACUACCGGGAGUUACUCAUUAUGAGUCAAGCUUUUCACAUUAAGAAUGUCGUCGCCUCGAAAUUUCUCUUGGAUCUUCGUGAAUAAACUAGCUGGAUCUUCUUGUCCUCGAUCCGAAGCUGAAAUGGCGUGGCUCAAGCGCCAGAACAUCAAGCACAUUGUCACGCUAUCAGAUGAUUUUCUCCCACCCCAAAUUCCGUUGGUCUAUUUCAAGCACAAGCAUAUCUUUGUGCAAGAAUUCCAAGCUCCGAAUUUAUCUCAAAUAAAGGAUUUCAUCGCUUAUUGCCAUCGAGUGAGAGAGCAACACGAGAGUCUCUUGGUGCAUUGCCGUCAAGGACUGGGCCGUACAGGGGUGAUGCUAGCUUGUUAUUUAGUAGAGUUUGAGGGCAUGAAUUGGCGGGUUGCCAUUCAACGGGUUCGAGAGUUGAGGCCUUGGAGCAUCGAAACGAAAGGGCAAGAGAUUGCCGUCCAUGACUACUAUGCGCAUCGCAAAAAACAGGAAUAAUUAUUUUGACAUAUACUAGAAGCACAAGAGAUGUAUAUAUUUCAAAGUUAAAUAUUCACGUCGCAUGUUGUUGUUGAAGCAAGGUAAUAAUAAUAAUGGAAGCACAAGGUUUCACAAAUGGCA